GCUGCAUCAGAGGCAGCAAGAAGAGGAGAGGCGGAGGCGAGAGCUGCAGGAGGUGCAGAGACGCUUGCAGGAGCAGAGGGAGGCAGUAGAGCUGCAGCAAGAAGAGGAGAGGCAGAGACGUGAAGAUGAGAUGGAGUUCAAGGCUUUGAUUCAUUCUGAUGCACAACCAGUUCCAGACGCUCCCAGUGAAGAGGUUUCAGAGAACACGGGUCGGACUCGUCUCAGAUUACUUGCGUUCCUGCUGAGGGCGAUAGAGGAGUCUAACGGAGGAACAUUAUCACACCUCCAAGACCCGCAAAACAAAGAGGCUUCCCCUCACUCACCACCGUGUGGCAGUGAUCCCAUCGCUCAGACCAGUGUUCCUGCUCCAGCGUCCGUCCUCCUGCCACAACUCCUCCCUCCUCCUGUUCGAGCGGCGAAGCCCCCAGUGACCCGCAUCAGACUGGGAAUCAUGGAGGCGACUGAACAACACGAGCUCAGUGCAAUUCAAGAGGUGGAGACGCCCUUCAACACCAGCCACGUCACAGGCCCAGAGAAGAACCUGAAGGUUCCAUCACACACUGUAAACUGGGAUCUGCAGGACGAAUCAGAUUGGUCUGUCGUGUCUGACAGAACUCUGGAGACGCCCUCUGUGUCCAGCCGCGGGAAACGGACAGAUGACAGACAGAGCAGCUUUGGGACAAACUCAAAGACAUCCAGCCAUCACAUCUGGAGAGAGAGACUGCUGACCGGAGCAGUAACAUCUCCAGAAUCUUCAGAGUCUGAUUCGGUCCUGAGAAUAAUCUCGCCUCCUUCGUCCGACUCUGGGAGAGGAGCCGACUUCUCUGGUGCUGCAGCCACAAGCUACAGAUCCUUCAGAGAGGUAACCAGAGCAACUGAUGCUGAACAGCUCGUUCUGUCCUUUGGAACGAGUCACUGAUGUUGUGGGGAAAAUCUGCAGCAACGACUGAUGAGAAAGUUAGAGGUGAAGGAACAGUUCAGUCAAUAUGCAGUGAAUCAGCGUCUGUCUGCUCAGUUAGAAACCUUCUGUUUCUCUUCUGACGUGCAGUUGAUCUAUGAGUUUGAUUAACAAUAGUUCUAAUUGACAUGAAUUUCACUACAUAUUGUCUCUGUGUCUUUUAUCUAAAAGUCCUCUGAGGUUCACACGUGGAUCGAUGAUGAAAUUUAGCCAAAUCUGAAGCUUUGGCAGGAUCUGCUGCCUCGGCCUCUGAUUAUGCUUGAGAAGCUUUUUUCUCUUGUGUGUGUGGCGUCGAAGUCAGGGUGUGAUGUCUUUGUGUGUUUGUUCUGAGCAAUGAUGUGAAAUUACUGAACCCAAAGUGUAUUUAAUUAAAAUACAUUUCAUGAUGGUUUCUACACUUGAGCUGAGCUCGGUGUGUGUGUGUGUGUGUGUG